UUAAUCCACUACCUGACAGAGAGCGGCAAGGUCCUCCUAAUCCUCACUGAAGGUGGUGAAGGAGGAGAGGAGGAGAAGUGUGAAAGGGCAAAACACGACAAACCCACUGACGAACCCACCCUUGGCGCUCUAGAGAAACGUGUCCGUUUGCUGGACUUCUCUGGCCUGCCUCUGAUCGCCACCGUGCCGGGCACUGGGGCAAAGGGCACCUGCAAAUGGACUUGGGACGUCUUCCGACCUGAAUCCACGGAGAACGCCGUCUCGACCAAGCCCCUGCUUUCCCUCUACAUUGGUCCUAGACCGGUUCACGGAAAAGAACCUGCCAAGCCAACUCCAUCGAUGCUUGUAGUCCAGGUGAAAAUCUGCCUAUGCUAG